AUGGGCUCCAAUCAAACUUCAAGUGAAUUGAAAAAAGGCAGUCAAGAUCGUGCUGAUUCCGAUGUAUCACACCUAAAGUAUGCUGCGCAUGGGGAAAAUAGUGAAGUUGAGAUAAAUCACUUAAAAGAGCUUAUUUUGAUAUUUCGAAGGUCAUCUGAAUUUCUCUCCCUUGAAGAUUCAUUAACACUGUUGUGCCUGAAUAAGUAUAUAAGACAGCAUAUUGCAAACUCAGAAUGAGAAAUGAUAGUAAGUGUUAAAGCUUGCUCAAAGUUUCUCAAUGAAAAUUACCAGACAGAUUUUAUUAGUACAUUUCAAGACUAUGAUAUAAACUUUCACAAUUUAUACAACAACUUUGUAAAAUCUGAAAAUUUACUUAAAAAUCCUUGUGGAGAGCUAGCAUUUCAGUAUUGAAAUAAAGAUGGAGACUGAAGAUUUUCUAAAAAAGGCACCUGGAAAAAUAAAUCAAGAUGCUUUUGCACAUCAAAUAGUUGGGCUAAACUUUCACAAGAAAUUCAAUUGAAAGACGAGCGAUCUCAUAAGGUUUUAUUAGCAAAGAGUUAUGUUGCAAGAAGAUUUGAUUGCGAUAGCACUGCAAAAUUUACAGUCGAAGGCUAUGAGAAUAAUAGCUGAAAUACAAUUUUUGAUACAGGAGAAUUCCUUCCUCCUUAUAGUGAAGUUGUUAAAAGCCCUUCAUGUGGAUGAAUGAAAGUAGAUUUUAUGAAAGUAAUCAACCCUGGGCUAAAUAAAAUAAAGGUAACUAUAGCAGGUAAGGACAAUAAAUUUUGGAGUGGAUAUUAUGGGCCAAGAUUUGGGUAUACUGAUAUUCGAAUAAUAAAUAUUUAA